UACCUACAAUCCUUUCCAGACGCUAUUUGUGGGAAUCCAUUUAAUUUGUUGUUGUUAUACAUUUGUGAAAAUAAAGAAAGGAAAAAACUUUAAUAUGUUAUUUCUGUCAGCAAAGACAUUAUAACAACUAUAGUACUACUGAAGACUGCAAAACUGCAAACUCUCAAUAUUAUUAAGUCUUUAGUGUCCUUUGUUGUUUGCCCAUUUGCAACUCUGAACCUUGGUAAUUAAGUUCAUUGUAUUUCUUAGAUACUCUCAAGUAGUUUGGUAAAUUAGAGAAACCCCUUUUAUUUUUAUAUGUAGAAAUCAGUGUUGGUUUUUUGGUGGUGAAAUAAAAAUGGCAGGAGUUGGUUCAAGAAGAACUGCUUCAGUGCCAUCUUUGCCACCACCUCGCCCAAAAUCACCACCUCAGUAUCCUGAUUUAUAUGGAAAGCGUCGCGAAUUCGCCAAAGUUCAAAUGCUCGAAAGAGAAAUUGGUUUUCUUGAGGAAGAACUAAAAUCCAUUGAAGGCCUUCAACCCGCUUCUCGAUCCUGUAAAGAGGUGACAGAUUUUGUGUUGGAACAUUCAGAUCCUCUUAUACCAACAAUAAAGAAGAGUCGGAGGUCCUGUUGCUUUUGGAAAAGGCUCUGUGGCUCGUCAUGUUUCAAUCUUUCGUGGAUUUGUUGCUGGUGCCGGUGUUCUCAUAUAAAGAUGCCAGACUGCUGUAACUGUCAUAUAUGUAACUGCUGCUCAUCUGUCAGUUGCUGUUGCUCAAUACCUAAGUGUCAAUGUUUCUCGUGUCCGCCGUCUAAUUGCUGCAGCAAGCCUGUCUGUUGCAAAUGGAGUUGCUGUUGCAGCUGUAACUUAAAAUGGCCUUCUUGCUUAAGCUGCUCUUGUAGUCCAUGUACAUGUUCUUAUCCUAAAUGUCCAAAGUUAAAUUGUAGUUGUUGUUGUAAAAAGUCUUGUUUCUGUCCUUGCUACCUUUGUUGCUAGUUGUACUAUUAAAUCAUGCAAUAAUUCCUAUAUAAAAGCUUGGUUCUAUAUAAUUGUGAAUA